AUGAUGUUCGCCGAUGACGUUGACAAUGGUGGAGAUGUUCAGCCAAUGACGAAUGAAGAUCAACCUGGUACUGUUGAAAUACUUCCAGAUAUUGCGGAACAGUCGCUUGCUGCUGUUGACCCUUCUGAGCUGCUCGCAGAUCAGCGUCGUGCAUAUAACAUUAUCAAGUGGCAUGUUGACCAACAACUUGCCAGACAUGACAAUCAGCUGCUCAUGAUCAUUUAUGGAGAAGGAGGUACUGGGAAGUUGAAGGUCAUCCAGACUGUCACAGAAUACUUCAAGUCCAGGGGCAUUGAAGAUACACUAGUGAAGUCAGCAUACACGGGCAUCGCAGCGUCACUCAUAGAUGGCAAGAAAAUGCACACCGUCGCUAGCACCCCCCUUCGUACUGAAAACCUCUCGGACGAGGCACGCAACAAACUGACGGCUGCAUGGUUGCAUAGAUCCUGGUACAUAAUUGACGAAAUCAGCAUGAACUCUUGUGCAAUGUUUGCACACGUCGAGCAGAACGUAGCAUUGGCAAAGGGUUGA